UCUCUCUCCUCUCUCACUCUUCGCUCUCUUCUCUCGUCACAUCAAUCCACACUGUGAAGUAUCUGUUUUUUUUUUCUUCUUUUCUUUUCUUUUCAAGUUUCUCUGCUGCUGCGUCUGCACUUCUAUUGCUCUGUCUUCUCUAACCCAAAUCCCAAAUCACAAAUCUUUAGAAAAAAUCUAUCAACCUUACUUCGUCCUCGUUUGAUUUAACCUUUUCCCUGAUCUGAGUCUGACCCAUUUCUCAAGAAUCUCUCUUUCUUCUAAAAGAUUCAUUGGUGUUUUAACCUUUUCAUCGAUUCCAAUUCUCAAUUGCUGUGUUUGGGGAACACAAGACCCCCUCCCUAGUGUGUUGGUCGCUUUUAGGGCUAGAUCUUCUUGUUACGACGCUAAAGUUUAGGUUUUUAAAUCGAUUUUGUGCGUGAACAGUCCUCUGCAUUUCUGGGUUUUUGUUCCCGUUGUCAAAAUUUUCGGAUUUGGUUCAGUUCUCUACAAGGGUUUGUGGAAUUAACUCAAAUCGAAUGAGCCCUUAAGUUAAAGUUGAAGACUUUGGCAUCUGAAGUUAAAACGAUAGCUAUGUUCUCUAUUAUUCUGUGGUGGCCUCAUCUGAAUGUAGAUAAAACCUGAACUGUCUUAAUCUUCAUUUAGUUCAGCUGAGAGUUGGGUGAAUUAUUGAGAUUUUAUGCAAUUUUUGAUGAAACAAAAUGGAAGUUGUUGAAAGGAAACGAUCCAGAGGAGGGUUUUUUAAUUUAAUUGAUUGGCCUGGAAAAUCUCGUAAGAAGCUUUUCUCUUCCAGCAGCUCGGAACUCUCAGAAUCAAAGCAGACAAAACAGACUACGCAAAACCUCUCGAAGUCAAGGGUUUCUCUUAUUGAGGUUGAUGAGAUUGGAAAGAGUACAAGUUACAACCCGAGAAGUGACUCGAGCUGUUGUGCAUCUUCUGUUACCAGUGAUGAUGGACAGGGGACAAGAGCCCCAAGUGUGGUUGCAAGACUUAUGGGUUUAGAGUCUCUACCUGUACCAAAUGUCCAGGAACCUCGAUAUAAUCCCGAUCUUGAUCCAUUUUCCCUCAGAACUUCACGAAACACCAACAGAUGGGAUGCAUAUGAGAAUCUUGGUUAUGUAAAUCUCCGUAGUGACUAUGAUGGUAUUUCCUGGGACCAUUUGGAUUCAAGAACGAAUAAUGGCCGCAACCAACCGAUUGAACGGUUUCAAUCUGAGACUUUUCCUCCCAGGUCAGCUAAACCGAUAUGUGUUACGAACAAUAGACACCUGUCUCCUAUACGGAGUCCUGGGUUUGUCCCAUCCAGGAACCCUAUUUAUGUAAUGGAAGCCGCUUCAAGAAUGAUUGAACCAAGUCCUAGGAUUGUUGCUAGAACACGGUUUUCACCAUCUAAUUCUCCUUCAUCAGUUCCUAUGAGGAUUCAAGAUUUAAGAGAUAAAUUAGAAGCUGCACAGAAAGUGUCUAGCCGUCAAAUCUCCAAUGAUACCUUCAACCUAAAGAACCCAAGUGCAAAGCACAACGAGAAGAGAACCUCAACAUCACUCACGACACCCUCAACUAGUAAGUUCAUGGGAAAUAGCAGUUCUAAUGGUUUGAAGGGUAAAGUGAAGCCAUCUUAUGUAUCCGCACAAGCAAAGGCCAGUACAACGCCCUUAAGUGUCACCAGAAACUCUGGAAACCAAAAGGAGAAGGCAGAAGCUAAAAAGUCCAUUGUCAGAAGCCAGAAUGGUCUUAGAGGAGCUCACAUUAGCAUGGGAAAGAGUAUGCUUAAGCAGAAUAACCAGAAACAGAACUGCAGAGACAACCAACCUUCAGUGACCUCUUUUUCGAACCAAAAAAGCAGCAAAGUAAAUACCAAAGUUGUAAACAAGGGUCCAGUGGAAAGUGGAUCGAUAUCAAAGCAGUCGGGCUUAACUACGGCCUCGAUGGAAAAGAAUACUUCUUUGUCUUUGUCACGCAAAAAGACUCUUCCACGCAGCAAAAAGCUCCCAAAUGGGAUGCAAAAAUCUGGUAUCUCUGAUGAUAAACUGACCAAAAGGAGUGAAAAUUUGAUCAAGUGUAACAUCACCAUUGAUGGUGGCUUGAGCAAAGGCAAAGAUGAUAGGAAAAAGGAAAUGGAUGUGAUUUCGUUCACAUUCUCAUCCCCCAUUAAAGGUUUAUCAUCUGAUUCACUAUCUUCCACCCAAGGAAUUGAUCAAGACACAGACUCUGCAGUUAGUUUCAAUGUGAUUGGUGGCGAUUCCUUAAAUGUUCUGUUGGAGCAAAAGCUCAGGGAGCUGACAUCUAAGCUUGAGUCUUCUAGCUGUAGCCUGACCCAAGAAGAGUCUUCAUGUUCCUUUCCAAAGGAUGAGGUGGACGGGAUGAUUUCUCAAAACGGUCUGGAUAAAGUUUUACCAGAGAGUGAAUCUGUUUCUGACUGCACUUCAUUCUACGACAAACAAAAAUUCCAGAUACAAGCAGAAGAGAACGACGUUAGUAGCAUUAGCACUGUGACGGAAUCAGAUGAUCUCAGAAGCUCCUGCAGCAAGGGUUUCUCAGAUUGCGGACAGGCUGUAGAAUAUGGGACAGUACAGUCCUCAUCAGAUCAAGAAUUCACCUGGGUUUCAUUAAAUGAGUCGCACCAAGUACAUGACGAGUUUGAGCUCUCAGAAUCUGUAAUAACACUUACUUAUUCAGAAGCCGAAGAAAGACUCGACUGGGAGCUUGAGUACAUAUCUGAGAUCCUCAGCUCUGACCAACUGAUGGUGAAAGAAUUUGCUCUGGGGAUGGCUACUGACAUAUUACCUGCGAGUCUCUUUGAUGAAAUGGAAGGUAGGGGAGAAGCAACAGCAGCCAAAAUCAACAGAAAAACACUGUUUGAUUUUGUCAAUAAUUGCCUAGUGCUCAAGUGCGAGCGAAUGUUUAUGGGUAGCUGCAGAGGGCUAUUAGGCAAAGGUGGGUUUUUGUUUGAACAAAGAGAUUGGUUAGCAGAAGAACUGAACAGAGAGAUUCAUGGGUUGAAGAAGAUGAGAGAGCUUAUGAUGGAUGAGCUUGUUGACAAAGAGAUGAGCAAUUUUGAAGGGCGAUGGCUUGAUUUCGAGAGAGAGACAUAUGAAGAAGGCAUUGACAUAGAGGCGGAGAUAGUAUCGACGUUGGUUGAUGAUUUGGUUAAUGAUCUUGUCUCAGGUACUCAAAGAAGAACAUUGAGACAAAGGGGAGGCUUAGUUUCUGCUUUAGUAGAGCCUGAUCUUCUCACGGUAUUCUAGAUGCUUCUUCUGAUAGUUUCUUUGACAUGAGAAUUGAGAUGAAGUGUAAGUAGCCAAUAUCUUGGACCAUUCUCCCACGAUGUAAUUCAUGAGCAUUCCUUCGUUUAUGUUUCUACUUUUAUCAAGUGAAAUGCAAAUAAUAGGACAAUUCUCCUUCAUUCGUUCUGAUGUAAUAGUAUGUAUUAGGUAUGAAUCUUGCUUCCUCCAA